AUGAUAGAUCAACGUCGGAAAUGGAUGGUGGCGUCGAUAUUGAAGGAGAAGCGGCUUUUGAUUGCUAUCAACUGCCUGGCCGGCUUGUCGAUAUUCUUUUUCGGCUACGAUCAGGGCAUGAUGGGUGGCGUGAACAGCUCGCCGGACUAUAUCUACCGCAUGAAGUUUGGUUACGUUGACGACACUGGCGAGCCCGUGGUUACCGAUACACUCCUCCAGGGAGGCAUUAUGUCCGUGUUUUACCUUGGUACCCUGAUCGGAUGUAUGAUAGGAGGUUACAUCGGCGACCGGUUCGGUCGAAUUAAUACCAUCGCUGUGGGCGCUAUCUGGGGCAUCAUUGGCGCUUCGUUGCAGUGCUCUUCGAUGAAUUCCGACUGGAUGAUUGGAUCUCGCUUUGUUAACGGAAUCGGGACUGGUAUUCUCAACAGUAUUGUGCCUGUAUGGGCAUCCGAACUUGCCGACUACAGCUCUCGCGGCGCCUUUAUCGCGAUGGAGUUCACAUUGAACAUAUUCGGUGUCGUCGUAGCUUAUUGGCUAGGAUUCGGCCUUAGUUAUGUCGAUGGAGGUAACUCCGCUUUUAGAUGGCGUUUUCCCAUUGCUUUCCAGAUCAUCCCAUUAUUAUUUCUCCUUUUCUCUUGCUUCUUCUUUCCCGAGUCGCCCCGCUGGCUCUGCAAGGCCGAAAGGGAGGAAGAGGCGCUGUAUGUCCUCACCCGUCUCCGAGGAACAGAGGGUGCCGGUCUUGCCCAGGCCGAAGUAGAGCUUUCUGAUAUCCGAGAGAUUAUUCGCAUCGAAGAAACUGAACACGGGACCUCUUAUAUCCACAUGCUGUUCGGCCUAGGAUCUCCCAAACUACAUAUUGGUCGCCGGGUUCAGCUUGUAAUCUGGCUACAGAUCAUUCAGUGCUGGACGGGUAUUGCUGGUAUUACUAUGUACGGUCCGACUAUAUUUCACAUUGCCGGUUUCGACCCCCAUAAAUCUCUCUGGAUAUCAGGCUUGAAUAACAUAACUUACACCUUUGCUACCCUUAUUUGUGUUGUCCUUAUCGAUCGGAUUGGCCGACGUUGGACUCUCUAUUGGGGUUCCGCAGCACAAGGAGUCGCUAUGUUCCUCGUCGGUGGCCUCUCGCGUGGUGGACUGAAUGCUCGCGAGGCCGGCUACAUCGACACGGCUAACGCGUGGGGCGGCGCCGCUGCUUCAAUGGUUUUUAUCUAUACUUUUGUCUUCGGCGCUACUUGGCUUACUGUCCCGUGGCUGUAUCCCGCUGAGAUCUUUCCCCUUAAAGUUAGAGCUAAGGGUAACGCUUGGGGUGUUGUCGGUUGGAGUAUUGGAAAUGGGACUCUUACGCUCAUCUUGCCCUACAUCGUUUCUGCGGUUAACGAGAAGAUGAUGUAUAUCUUUGCUGCCGUCAACGUCAUCAGCAUCCCUAUUGUUUGGGCCUUCUAUCCCGAGUCGAACCAGCGAACGCUAGAAGAAAUAGAUCUACUAUUUGCAUCCGAGAGCCCCUUUACAUGGGACGCCGAAAAGACCUUUAGAAAGCUAAAGGAAGAGUCAGCUGUGACGGGUGGACUGACCCAGAAAGAGAAGAUCGACGUUGAGGCAGUUCAACACUUCGAAUAA